UCCCCAUUCCAUCGUUGACCACAAGCAAAGAGAGCUCGUUGUAGGAGCAAAGGAGCAGCCAUGGCCGAAGUCAUCGUCCAGAGGGCAUGCGCGAAGCUCAGAUCCGCCAUAGGAUAUGAAGCCGUGGCGCGUUCGAACUUCACCGGUGACCUGCGUGAGAUGUUGGCGGCGCUCGAGGCCAUCCAGCCGGUGGUGGACAAAGUGGCGACGCAGCUGGUCAGGGAUAAACUGCUGUCGUCGUGUUGGCUGCAUAGUGCGUUGAACGCCGCCUACAGGACCAUAGACACUGUGGACGAGCUGCAGGACGCGAGAUCACAGGCUGCUACGACGAUGACAAGAGGGAUGUUGCCCCGCCUUGCCAUCAUGAAGAAUGCCAUGGCCAUCCAGGUACAGGGGACGAAAAAACUUGUGAUGUUGGCACAGCAGCAGUUCCGUGGGUUCUCAGAAUUUCUGGUAGAAUGCACCAUAAUGUUCCAGGAAAUUACUGAGAAACGAAAAACUGGACCAGUUUUGGAGGAAACAAUGGUUCUGGGAAGAGAAUCAGAUAAAGAGAGGAUAAUAGCCGCCCUGCUAUCUACCCAGCUCAACAUCAUGCAAGAGCACAACACCAUUAUUCCCAUCUUUGGGCUUGCAGGCAGCGGCAAGACAACCUUGGCACAAAUGGUGUUUAACGAUAAGCACUCCCUCCAAGGCUACGACUUCCGGGUAUGGGUUUAUGUGUCUCCCCAGUUCGACUUCCAUACAAUAGGCAACUCCAUUAUAUGUCAUGUGUCAGAAAUGGGGCAGGAAGAGAUCAAUCAUUCUUCUUCACACGUGGAGGGGAUGGAGAGUAUAAUGAAGCGCCUUCACGAGCUACUUAAUGGUAAGAAGGUGCUCCUUGUGUUGGAUGACUUGUGGGAGGAGGAUCCCAUUCAGUUACAGUUAUUGAAGUCCAUGUUAACUUUCUUGGGAGACAAGAUGGACGUAAUAAUAACCACAUAUAUACAACCAUGCCAUCGCCAGGAAGAUCUGUACAGUUGAGCCAUACAGGCUAAAUCGGUUGGGUGAUGACACGUGUUUGGAAAUAAUCAAGAAAACAUUGUACUCCCUCCGUUCGGAAUUACUUGUCUUGGAAGUGGAUGUAUCUAGAACUAAAAUACGUCUAGAUAUAUCCAUUUCUGCGACAAGUAAUUCCGAACAGAGGGAGUAUCUCGAAGGAGAAGAAGAGUUGGAGAAGAUUGGUCGGGAGAUCGCAAUCAAGUGUUGGGGUGUACCAUCAGUAGCUCGAAGAUAUGCACACAAGUUAUUAUCUUCUUCCGCAGAUGCUAUGGCAAUGGAAAGAGUCAUGGAAAGGGGUAUCUGGUCUUA